AUGAUUUCUUCGCUGACGGCAAACGGAGGGCCAUCAGUUUUCCGGCGUGAUCUCGAUUCAAACUCUCUCAGGCUAUCACGCCGGAAAAAGUUCAUUUCCUCGCUACGAAACUGCAAGAGCAUUUCCCAAGUUCCACCGAUUCACGCCAAGAUCAUUCGGACCUUCCAUGGACAAGAUGCUUUCGUCGUCUUCGAACUCAUCCGUAUCUGCUCCGCUCUCGACUCUCUCGACUACGCAUACGACGUGUUUCGAUACGUAUCCAACCCCAACGUAUAUCUAUACACCGCCAUGAUCGAUUGUUUUGUGUCAUCCGGUCGUUCCGCUGAAGGAGUCUCGUUGUAUCGUCGGAUGAUUCACGAUUCGAUUCUCCCCGAUAACUACGUGAUCACAUCGGUUUUGAAAGCUUGCGACUUGAAUGAAUGUAGAGAGAUUCACGCUCAGGUUUUGAAACUAGGGCUCGGGUCCAGCAGAUCGGUGGGGCUAAAACUGAUGGAAAUCUACGGGAAAGCUGGGGAAUUGGUUGAUGCGAAGAAGGUGUUCGACGAAAUGCCUGAGAGAGAUCAAGUUGCGGCAACAGUGAUGAUAAACUGUUACUCUGAGUUUGGUUCUAUCAAGGAAGCGUUAGAGAUUUUCCAAGAUGUCAAGAUCAAAGAUACGAUUUGUUGGACAGCGAUGAUCGAUGGGUUGGUGAGAAACAAGGAGAUGAACAAAGCGUUAGAGCUUUUCAGAGAAAUGCAGAUGGAGGAGAAUAAUGUUACUCCUAACGAAUUCACAGCCGUCUGCGUUUUAUCCGCCUGCUCUGAUUUAGGUGCGUUGGAGCUCGGACGCUGGUUACAUUCGUUUGUUGAGAGCCAAAAGAUGGAGCUAAGCAACUUCGUAGGCAAUGCUCUGAUCAGUAUGUACUCUAAAUCCGGUGACAUCAACGAGGCGAAGCGGGUUUUUCAGAGGAUGCGAGACAAAGAUGUGGUUUCGUAUAACACGAUGAUAUCUGGAUUAGCAAUGCACGGGGAAAGCUUUGAAGCCAUUAAAGAGUUUCGUGAUAUGGUGAACAGAGGGUUUAGGCCGAAUCAGGUGACUUUGGUUUCGCUUUUAAACGCAUGUAGCCACGGAGGUUUGUUGGAUAUAGGGCUUGAGGUUUUCACCUCUAUGCGGAGAGUUUUCGGCGUUGAGCCGCAGAUUGAGCAUUACGGAUGUGUUGUUGAUCUUCUUGGCCGAGUCGGGAGAGUAGAGGAAGCGUAUAGAUUCGUAGAAACCAUGCCGAUGGAGCCGGAUCAUAUCAUGUUGGGAGCGAUUUUGAGUGCUUGUAAGAUCCAUGGGAACAUGGAACUCGGCGAAAAAGUCGCCAAGAGACUGAUUGACUCUGAAGGUUCGGAUUCUGGUACGUACGUUCUCUUAUCGAGUAUAUAUGCUUCGUCAGGGAAGUGGAAAGAAGCUACUGAAGUCAGAGGAAGUAUGAGAGAAUCAGGGAUUGAGAAGGAGCCAGGUUGUAGUACUAUCGAAGUGGAUAAUCAGAUUCAUGAGUUCUUUGUGGGGGAUAUAACACACCCUGAGAAAGAUGCAAUUUAUCAGAGAUUACAAGAACUGUAUCAAAUCAUUAGAUGUCAAUAA